AUGGCCUCCCACGCCGCGCCCGCCGCCGCCGCCGCCGCCCGCAAGCCCGGCCAGCCCGAGAAGAAGUACAAGUGCCAGUUCUGCAACCGCGCCUUCAGCAGGAGCGAGCACCGCAGUCGCCACGAGCGCUCUCACACCAAGGAACGCCCGUUCAAAUGCCUCAAGUGCCGCAGCACCUUUGUGCGCCGCGACCUGCUGCUGCGCCACGACCGCACCGUCCACGCAAAAGACGGCGGCGCUCCUCUGCCCAGCGAGCAAAAGCGCCGCGCCAGCAACAAGGCCAGCGACGCCGCCACCCCCGGCCCCUCCAAGGGCGCCCUGCCCCUCGACACGCCCGCGCUCGACCAGCUCGACGCCAGCGAGGACGGCAUGGUCGACGUCGACAUCGAGACCGCCGCCAUGCUGAUGACCGACUUCCACCACAAGGCCAUGGCCAGCCAGGAGCCCGACAUGGCCCUCGACCAGCAUCCAGCCCCCGUCAUCUCGCCCACCGGGCCCCAGCACAUGGAGCCCUCGGCGCCCCAGGUCCCCUACACCGCCCCGGGCCAGAACAUGCUACCGCAGAUGCCCUGGCGCGACUCGAUGGUGCCCCAGCCAGAGCCCGAGUCGCUGCAGAAGACACACUCGGCCUUCCACCCCCACAGUCACCUCGCCCCCAUGAUGGAGCGCACCAUGUCCGGCAACACGGCCCUCGCACCCACCUUCCCCUCGAUGAGCGAGAACAACCUCGGCACACCCAGCGCGCUCUCGCCGUACCCAUCCAUGCUUGGCCCUGUCUCGCCCGUCGACUACCGCAAGUCUCCAGGCCCCAGCCAGGCGCUGACCAUGACCAGCGCACCCCAGCUUGAGUCGGAGGAGCAGUGCCGCAGAAUCUACGACAACAUCAAGCAGUACGACAGCGAGAACGCGCUCUUGGACACGUUCCACCUGCCGAGCUUGAACACACUCAACCGUCUGCUCAAGACAUACUUUGACCUCUUUCACCACCACCUGCCCUUUCUGCACCCGGCGACUUUCCACCCAACCGAAGUGGCUGCGCCGCUACUCUUGGCUGUGCUAUCUAUCGGCGCCCUCUACAUCUUCGAUCAAGACCAGGCCUACAUGCUGCACAUUGGCUCCAAGGUUCUCGUCAACCAGUUUCUGCAGAACAAAGAGAACUUCAGCUCGCGCAAGUGCCCCUUGUGGACAAUGCAGAGCACCCUGCUCAACAUGCAAUUCUCCAGCUGGAGCGGCGAUCCAAAGGGUCUUGAGUGGGCCUGCUCGAUCAAGAGUCUUCUCGCAAACAUGGUUGCAGGCAACCGCUACGAGCUGAAGAUCCGCUCAGAAGCUCGCGAGGGUGCGCAGCCGAGCCACCAAGAGUGGAUCGAGGAUGAGCAGUGUCGCCGCACGUACUACGCAGUCUACAUCUUCUUCGGUCUCCUAACGUUGACCUACAACCACACGCCGGCCAUGGGCUUCAACGAAUUUGACACACUGGAGCUGCCGUCUUCAGAGUCGCUUUGGACCAUGGGCGGUGACGACGAGGAGGCGUGGCGCGAGGCCCUUGCAACAUCGAAGAUCAUCACCUUCCGCCAGGCGCACGACAACCUGUUCCAGGGCGAGACAGCGCGUUACAGCGCGUUCGCGACUCGUGUCAUGAUCAAUGCUUUGUUCCUGGAGGUGUGGUAUCACAAGCGUAGCCCAGAAGCCCUGCAGGACGUCGUUACUGAGUACAAGCUUCGCCUGGCGCUCGAAACCUGGGAGAAGUCACUUGACUUGUGCGAGCCAGAGACUGUCGUGGUUCGUCUGAGCGCGCCUCACAAAGGCCAUCCCCUGAUCUUCAAUGCCAUGGCGCUGUACCGUAACACGCGAGCUCGUCUGGUGGUCGACUUGAAGUCAAUCCAGGAGGCUCUUCGCUACCACGAUUCCUAUGAAGUCGCAGCAGCUAUGACCAACGCGCGCGACAAGGUCCAACGCUCGCAAGAAAUGAUCAAGGUCAUUCAAGAAUGCUUUGACUGCAUCGAAGUCGCGGCUGUGCAAGGUAUACGCUGGGUUGCACGCACUUCAGCCACCAACUGGAGCAUCGAGCACCCACUCGCUGGGAUGGACCUUGUGGUCAUCCUCACCCUUUGGCUUUACCGCCUGGAACACGACGAGGAGCCCGCCAAUGAGGAAGAAUUGGCCAUGUACAACAAGCUGCGCAACUUGUUUGACGAUGACUCUGUCGAUGUGUAUGGUGCCAAGUUGAGCUCCACUGUCGCGCGCCUGUGGGGAAGUAUGAUUGACGAGGUGGUUGUAUGGGGCAUCACCAAGCUUAUGGGUGAGGCCUUCAAACUCCACUCACAAGCCCUUGUUGGCUACGAGGACGCAAUGUCCUCCAGAUCCGGCUCUGCCUCGCCGCUAACAGCCGGCGCCGUUCAGGUGCUCGAGAUGCAGAUGGCCUACUAG